AUGGAGGGGGCUUCGGCCAAGCGCUGGUACUUCACCCGGGAACAGCUGGAGAAGAGCCCGUCCCGUCGCGCCGGCAUCGACCCGGACAAGGAACUUUAUUGCCGGCAGCAAGCGGCCAAUCUCCUUCAAGAUAUGGGGCAGCGUCUCAACGUCUCCCAACUAACUAUCAACACUGCCAUUGUAUACAUGCACCGAUUCUACAUGGUCCAGUCUUUUACACAAUUCCAUCGAAAUAGUGUUGCUCCAGCAGCCCUUUUUCUGGCAGCUAAAGUAGAGGAACAACCACGAAAACUAGAACACGUAAUCAAGGUAGCACAUGCUUGCCUCCACCCUCUGGCUGCACUUCCUGACACUAGAAGUGAGGCUUACCUGCAACAAGUCCAAGACCUGGUCAUUCUAGAGAGCAUAAUACUGCAGACCCUGGGCUUUGAAAUAACAAUUGACCAUCCACACACACAUGUGGUGAAGUGCACACAACUUGUUCGAGCAAGCAAAGACUUGGCACAGACCUCUUACUUCAUGGCAACCAACAGCCUGCACUUGACCACAUUUAGCCUGCAGUACACACCUCCUGUGGUGGCUUGCGUCUGCAUUCACCUGGCCUGUAAGUGGUCCAACUGGGAGAUCCCAGUCUCCAGUGAUGGGAAACACUGGUGGGAGUAUGUGGAUGUCACAGUAACCCUGGAGCUUCUUGAUGAACUGACUCAUGAAUUCCUACAGAUCCUUGAAAAAACCCCUAACAGACUCAAACGCAUUAGGAAUUGGAGGGCUUGCCAAGCUGCCAGGAAAUCUAAAUCAGGUGACCCAGGAGAAGACGACUCCCUUUCAGAGCAGGCAAUCCUGAGCAUGAUCUCCAGGAGCUCUUCAGAUAUGAACAUCGCAGGCUUAAUGAGCAUGUCGACUUCUAACACAACAAACACUGUGCCUUCUCUCCCAGCCAAGGAGAAGUCUCCAAAUGAUUUGAGCACCAUGGAGAUGUUGCAGGCUGACCACUGGCUGCCUUCACAGCACUCUCUCAAGCUGGAGUCUACUCAGGGUCAUCGGACUAAUGAGCAUCUCACACUUAUGGGAGCUGACCAUUCUUUGCAACAGGACCCAGCGGCAUUUGUUUCUCAGAAGCAGAGCAGCAAAAGUAUGCCCACUGCAAAGGUGUCUCUGAAGGAGUACCGAGCCAAGCAUGCUGAGGAACUGGCUGCCCAAAAGCGACAGCUAGAAAACAUGGAGGCCAAUGUGAAAUCACAGUAUGCAUAUGCUGCCCAGAAUCUACUAGCCCAGCAAGAGAGCCAUUCUUCCUCUGUCAUUCUGAAAAUUCCCAUGGAAAGUUCUGAAAACCCAGACAGACUUGGUCUGGAAAAGGCAGACAAAGCAGCCCUCAAAAUGAGAAUUCCUAUGGUAGGCGGAGGAGAUAAAGCCCUUUCUGCAAAACCAGAGGAGAUAAAAAUGCGAAUUAAAGUUCACACAGCAACUGAUAAACACAGCUCUGUGGAUGAGUUUGGGGCAAAGACCCGGGAACACAAGGAGAAGCACAAGGUCCACACAUCCAAUCAUCACCAUCACCACCACAAUCACCACUCACACAAACACUCCCACUCCCAACUCCCUGUUGGUUCUGGGAACAAGCGAGUGGGUGACUCAAAACAUAGCAGCCAGUCAAACAUCUUGGCCCACAAAGCCUACAACUUGUCUGGCUCCUCUUCCUCUUCUAGUUCAGCCCGUAAAAGGCCCCUACCUGAGGAGUCUGCAGUAAUGUAUGAGCACCCUGCCAAAAUUGGCAAGACCUCUAAAUCAUCCUCUGUGACAUUCCCUUUCCCGCCUCUCCCUGCAAUGACACAGUUGCCUGGGCAUAGCUCAGAAACGAGCAGCCUCCCCUUCUCCCGAGCCCCUCAUGUGAAAUCGGACAAAAACUCCACUGGAGCAAAUGGACACAAUACAACCCAGACAAUAGACUAUCAAGACACUGUUAACAUGCUCCAUUCACUGCUUAGUGCCCAGGGCAUGCAGCCCACACAACCCUCUGCUUAUGAAUUUGUUCACUCUUACGGUGAAUACCUGAAUCCACGGGCUAGUGGGGUUCCCUCCAGAGCAGGCAAUUUAGACAAACCCCGACCACCUCCUCUACCAUCAGAACCUCCCCCACCACUACCACCCCUUCCUAAGUAAAGAAAAAAAGAGAUUCCCUUUUUUUAACUACUG